AUGACAUAUAAAGAAUCAACAUUUACCCAGCCAGCAGGACGUGAUACAUCAUUAGAUUUUUACAUUGAUGCGAUUACACAUGAACUGUUAAAAACUAAUAAAAGGUAUUAUUUUCACUCAAGUAUUUCGCAAGAUGAACAAAUUGCACUGAAGUCAUUAGCACAGGAUGAUAACAUUGUUAUCAAAAAAGCAGAUAAAAGCUCUACUAUUGUUAUAAUGAACCGAAGUGAUUAUAGUGCCGAGGUUCACAGACAAUUAAACAAUGAAUUGUACUAUAAAAAUCUAGAUUAUAAUCCAGAGCAAAACUUGCAACAAGAAAUUCUUAAUACUUUGAAUUCAAUAGAUUGUAAUGAUGAAGAACUAUUAAGAGUGCCAUACAAUGUAAGAACUCCACAAUUUUAUGUUCUUCCCAAAAUUCACAAAGAACAUAAUAAUGAAUUGCCAUUAGGUUUUCCGGGCAAACCUAUUGUAUCAGGUUGUAACUCAAUAACUGAAAAUAUUUCUGCAUAUCUUGAUGGAAUUUUAAAACCUCACAUGGAAAAUUUACCUUCUUACAUUAGGGACUCUGCAGACUUUAUUACUAAACUCAAAGCAGUCCCGAAGUUAAAGGACAAUGCUUUUUUAGUAACUCUUGAUAAAAAUACAGGAGAAAAGGGUGUAGGCCAGAUGAAAAUGGUUUAG